ACUAUGCGGAGGAUAAGGCAGUGGCCUAGAUGUGUGAAACGCCAGGGGUUGCUUUUUUGGUUCACUGGUUGACUACCAGGGGCAACUCAAUAGUCAGCCAAAUGUAAUGGGGAAGUUCUGAACCACAAAACUACAAAGAAAAGUUGCGCAGGCCACAGUUUAGCAGCUUUGAAAUGAUAUGCAAACUUUGUCUUUUUGGGAGGCAGACAUCCCUGACCAGUGUUUUCCUCCUGAGAGCCGCGCACAAGGCAACAUGCACUGUCAUGGGAAUAUGUUGGUGGAACAUGUAGACUGAGACACUCACAGAGAGGCUAAAAAAUCUAUUAUUCUCCCGGACGGUCAGCGCAGCCUUCCGCUUGACUGAUAACGAUGGUCUUGGAGGCAGACAGCGACAGAGGUUCAUCAAGAAGCGCUCAUGAAAAAUAUCCCCGGGCAGCGUUGGAGCGCAACGGCUACGUGAAGACAUGUGUCACCCCGUUGUACCAGGACGCACGGAGCCAGUCGUGGCUCAGACUCGCCGUGACAUGGACUUGCCGAGGAGUGUCGUCUGCGGUCUGCGUUGCCUCCAUCUCCGUUAUUCUCGCUCUGCUGCUCAGAUUGGUCGACUGGGAUGCAGGCAGCAGCAGCAGCAGCAGCAGCAGCAACGGAAAUAGCAGCGGCUCUCCUCUUCAUUUAGCGGCGGGCUGCGCUGUGGAGCUGCUUUUGACUGCGUGUUAUUGCGUCUCUCCCGUUUUCACACUCGUAUGUGCCUUCUUCUGGGUCGGGCUCUAUCUGAUUCGCUGCGGGGUGCUCGUCCGUACCGCCGUGUUCCUCUUAGCGGUGUGCCAUUUGGGCGAAGCCGCGGCGCAGUCCCUCCUGCGCGGCGCCGAGGAGCAGCUGCUGUCCUUCCCCGCAACCCUGGUAGUCCUCGGCUGCCUGGGCAGCGGGGCUCUGCUGGUCGUCCGGCUGGGUCAGGGAGUGUCCAUCCUCGUCUUCAUUAGCCUCAUCCGGGCCAUCUCCCUCGUCUCUCUGAGCAGGGUCCGGGCCAGUUGGAGACCCUACCUGGCCUACCUGCUGGGGCUGCUGGGGGUUUUGCUUGCGAGGUAUGCUGACCGGCUCUUGCCGGCCUCAGGGACCAGCGGGACGGGGUGCUGUGGCUCUGUGACCGGGGCGAAGGAGGAGGACAUCCCUGUCUUCAAAAGGAGACGGAGGUCCAGCUCCACAGUGGCCUCGGAAAUGAUGGCUCACAGUCAGAGCAACAGCAAGUCCCACCGCAGGACUUCGCUGCCUUGCAUUCCGCGGGACCAGAAAACGGGGAUCCAUGCACAUGUAUGUGCAGCAGGGAUUCAGGAUCAUCCAGAGUGGAUUAUGGGCCAACCAGACUGGGACUACAAGAGAGUUCUGAGCAGAUCCCAGUCUUCAGGCACCAGUGUGGUGGUGGACAUCGCAGUGAUGGGUGAAGCCCAUGGUUUGAUCUCAGACCUGCUGGCAGAUCCAUCACUGCCCCCGAACACCUGCAGCUCUCUGAAGGCUGUCAGCAAUCUCCUCAGCACCCAGAUCAGCCUCCAGCCACUGCACCGACCUCGCAUCCCAGCAGACCCACACACCUGCUCGGACUCUGAGGACGGGCCGGAAAAAGUGGAAAGAUUGGCCAUUCCAAAGCGUCUCAGGCGGAGUCUGCCCCCAGGAUUGCUGAGGAGAAUUUCAUCAACUUGGACCACAACCACCUCAGCUACGGGGCUGCCUACCAUUGAGCCGGGCCCUGUGCGUAGAGACCGCUCAGCCAGCAUCAAACACACUCCAGACAGUGAAUUGUGGGGCAACUCUGUGAUGAUGACCAUCUCAAAGAGUCGAUCCAUGUCGGCCUCCUGUGCUGCCUCCGUCACGUCCAACCACCUCUACAGCAAACCACUGGGAAGACCAGGUUUCCCCCCCUCCAACAUAUCACCUCUGGGCUCUCCGUGCCCGUCUCCUCCCGUCCAGGGCACACCUGUCUCCAGCCCGACAGUAAAGACUUGUUCAGUGCAGCUUCCUGAGCCGGCUGGGCCACUAACAGAGCGGGUACCUGCCUCUGUGGCCCCCAAGAGCCAUCACAGAGCCUUAACUCACAGCCAGAGCGCCCCGAGCUCCACCACCACUCACUGGCGGCCUCCAUCGCUCUGCGGCAGCUGUGGCAGGCCGUUCGGCAGUCGACUAACACACGGAGUGGAAUCUGUUGACAAAGGAGACAGAAUACCGCAUCCAGAUGAGCGUGCAGUAGCUUCAUCAGACUAUGACAGCACCUACGACAGCACCUAUGAGACCAACCACAGUGACAGCAGCGACUUUGCACAGAAUGAAGAGGAGGGAGAGGGAGGCAAGAAGCUGCCUGAAGCGAGGGAGUUUCCAACAGAUGGCAUCGUUCUCCACCCACUCCUGCCAUCACCAGAGGACAAGCCGACCCUGGCCUCAGAGGCCCCUGUAACGCCAGCGCUGGAGCCUCUGAUGAGUCAGCUCAUCAGCUGGAACUUCCCCAUUUUCAGUCUUGUGGAGAAGACUCAUGGCAAAACAGGCUGCAUCCUCAGCCAGGUUUCUUAUCGGCUCUUUAAGGAUAUGGGUCUGUUUGAGACCUUCAGGAUUCCUGUACAGGAGUUCAUGAACUACUUCCAUGCUUUGGAAAACGGAUACAGGGACAUCCCUUAUCACAACCGGAUCCAUGCCACUGAUGUGCUACAUGCUGUCUGGUACCUCACCACUCAGCCUGUACCAGGCCUGCCCACCCUGCUGACCGAGAACGGAAUACACACUGACUCAGAAAAUGGUAUUACACCUGGUGCCACAGGCUUCCUGUUGUCCAAGAUGAACUCUGCGCUGGAAGAAGGCUACGGCUCCCUGGCUGGUCUAAUCCCAGGCCUGGAGCUCAUGGCUCUGUAUGUAGCUGCUGCCAUGCACGACUAUGACCACCCUGGAAGAACCAACGCUUUCCUAGUAGCGACCAGUGCACCACAGGCUCUUCUAUACAAUGACAGAUCAGUCUUGGAAAACCAUCACGCAGCUUCAGCCUGGAACCUCUUCAUGUCUCGACCUGAGUAUAACUUCCUGGUUAACCUUGAACACGUGGAGUUCAAGCGCUUCCGCUUCCUCGUCAUUGAAGCUAUUCUGGCCACUGACCUCAAAAAGCACUUUGACUUCCUUGCAGAGUUCAAUGCAAAAGUGGGUGAUGAAGGAGUGUCUGGUAUUGAUUGGACCAAUGAGAAUGACCGAUUGCUGGUGUGCCAGAUGUGCAUAAAGCUGGCUGAUGUCAACGGACCGCUGAAGUGUAAAGAGCUGCACCUGCAAUGGACGGAGGGGAUUGUCAAUGAGUUCUACGAGCAGGGUGAUGAAGAGGCUAGCCUGGGCCUUCCCAUCAGCCCAUUCAUGGACCGUUCUGCUCCGCAACUUGCUAAACUACAGGAGUCAUUCAUUACUCACAUAGUGGGACCACUGUGCUCCUCCUACGACUCUGCUGCUCUGAUGCCGGGACGCUGGGUCGACCCAUCUGAGGGAGAGCUGGAGCCAGAAGUGGAGAAGGCAGGACAAGAUACAGAAGACGACGAGGAGGAUUUGGCGGAUGAGGAUGCAUCGACAAGUUCUGACAACUCCCAGCGUCGUGAAACCAAAAAGGUGAGCAGGAGGAAAGUGUUUUGCCAGAUCACACAGCAUCUUUUGGAAAACCAUGAAAUGUGGAAAAGAGUGAUUGCUGCAGAAGCCCCAGAGGAGGCCCGGGAAGAGAAUCCGAACUGCAUCAGCAACCCCACCGAUCCAAUCACAGCCAUUCAUGAGGAAGAGGAGGAGCAGGCAAGCAAAGAGGAGGAGUUGACUGAUGACCUCGAUGAAAGGGAAGAGGUACCGGCUAUCGAGGAAGAGGAAAUCCUUCCCCAAUCAGAGACUUCAGGAGAAAAAGAGGAAGAGCCAGAGUGAUAUUACAAACUUUGACCUCCUCGUAAGCCAGGAACGUUGUCUAAAAAUGUUUUGUUUCUUUCCUAACUAAACUCUUGAUAUGGUAGCCAGCACAUCACUUUGACACAACACUGUAGAAGAUGUUUUGGGUAAAAUGUGCCUAACAAAAACAGGGUUGAGGACAGGGAUGACCCCAGUGCAUCUGACCAGGAGACAGGUGAUAUAAGGUAAAGAUUAAGUGACUAAGGGAAAGAAUGGAGAUGCUGAAAAUGAAUAUGGACUGUAUUUGUUUCUCUUUUAGUGUUUCUUUUGGUCUGGAUCUGACACCCUGCACCUCACCCAGACUGCCCAUCCUGCACUUUGGGCCAACCACCCUGAUUCACCAAAUUCACUCCACCAGAGAGUAGAACACUGUCACAGACCCCCCUCUUCAUUCUUCUUGUUGCUCCCAAGAUAUCAACACACUGUGGAGCCGCCCAGCUGGUUAAGGAUGUGCAACAAGCCCCUUCUCCUUGAAGACAAUGGGAUGAAAGACAGGGAAAAAGCUGUGUCCACUGAGUGUAUUCCAGAAGGAAGUUGAAAAAAAGAUUCAGAGGUAGUGCACUGUGUACUCAGACGUACACCCACACAAGCUGCAAACACACACACAAGCACACACACAGUGCUGUAGCAGAAACACAUUCUGUGCUCGGAACAGAAAGGAAGUUUCACAAAGAACCCUAGUGCUCUAAAAGCUUUAUUCUCAAGGAAAAAAAACAUACAAAACAGUGUUUUGUUCAUAUCAAACAAUGUUAGUCAGCGGUCAUUUUCUCCCUGUCUUUUAUUAGUCGGUUCAGCACACUAACAUGUUUCCACACUGCACAACUCAGGAAGGCAGAAACCUGUAGAGAAACAGAAGCAAAAAGGACUUUCAGCAUCCUUUUUCCUUUUACUUCCCUUCAAAAAAGGAACCACAAGGGAAAGAACACACGUUAAUGUUAAUCAGUUUAAAACUGACUUACAAGAUACAUAACUAGGUAAUAAGGUAAUGUGUUUUCAUUUUCUUUUUCCCGACAACUUUGUAAGGACUAUUACGGAUGUUUUUACCUUUACAUGUUUCAACUACGUCUGCAGUCUUUCUCAGAGGCGUCAUCCGACGUGUUGAUGACAUGUUCUUUAUCAGGUGAGCGGUCUGACAGAUCUGUCAGAAUCUGUCAGGUUGGCCACGCCCCCCACUAUCCAAUGGUCUCUGGAAGAUGGAAUCCCAGGUGUGCAAGAGGGUGUAAUCCCGUUGUCCUGGUUUAUGGAAUCAUUGCCCCACUUCCUGAUCUUAAUGGCCUCUUUUAUUCAUAUAAGGAUGAGUCUUAUUGUUACUGAGUAUUCUUAAAGUAUUUUUUGGAUUAAACAAUAAUUAAACAGUUUGGCCUGAUAACACUCCCCUCAACUGUGGAUAAAAGAGGCCAUUGAGACCAGGAAGCGGGCCAAUGAUUCCAUAAACCGGGACGAGGGUGCUUACACCCUGUCACACUCCUGGGACAGCGGGGGGCAUGACCAGCCUGACAGAUUGUUACAGAUCUGUCAGGCUGGUCACCUGAUAAGAGACACAUCAUCAACACGUCGAAUGACGCUUCUGAGGAAGACUGUAGACGCAGUCGAAACAUGUGAAGGCAAAAACAUCCUUAAUAAUUCUUACAAAGUUGUUGGAUGAAAAGAAAACGCUAACCUAAUGAAAAGAUGACAAAAUGAACACAGUCAAUCUGGUAAUGUGUUUUGUUGAGUAAAUAUCAUUUGUGUCCACAUUUUGUGUUCAUGUCACGGUAAACACAGUCGCUAAUGACAGGACUUUUCUCAUUCCAAAAUAAUUUAUAGGCUGGUAUGUAGGCCAAAUGUUUCAGAGAGUAAAGUAAUCCAGUAAGCCAUACUGAACCUGGCCAGAGCUGAGUCACGGCUCCAAAACACCCAAGAAGAUUUACGUUAAUGAGACAUUACUACCCUGUGAAGGCUGCUGCCAUCCAGGAGGUGCUGCAUACCCACAUGAAACUAUGUGGAAGUUUCAGUCAGAGAAAUCAGGCAAAGAUAGUAAUAUGGAAUCAAUAAGGCUAACCAUGUCUGAGUCAUGGAACACUGCUUACUUUAAAAACACAGAAAAGGAGCCACAGCUGCAUAAAUGUAUAAUGUAAAUGAACAUAUGUUAAAUUAAGUGAAAGCAAACUUCUGAAUUAAUGGAGUGCAGCUUUCAGAGUCGCUAAUGCUGCUGUCUGCAAUCUCCUAUGAUACUGUUUGGGCAAUUUAUGUUGUCAGUCUUCAAUGAUAUCAAAUAGAAAAGGUAGAAUGAGUGAUUUAAGCAUUAAACACCACAAAUAAGCAGAGAAAUGCAUCAACAAAAAGUGUCACUCAAGAUAAUGUCAACAUUCUACACUUUGUUUCAAUACAGUGCAACAGAAUAGGUGAAAGUUACAAGAAAGAAUUUCCUAUGACAGGCCAGCAGACUCAAGAUUUUUUUUUCUCCAUUUGUAAUCCUUGACAUUGCAUAUGGCUUAGCAGAUCUCCUUUGAUGUCCGCAGAGAUUCAUAUUGGUGGUGAUGGAGGAAAGUGUGAGCAAGGAGAACAGCCUCAGUAAUGAGGCUUAGUAAUGAAAGAGGAAGGCGCUUAUAAAGGGUCAGAGGGGUGUCAGAUCUUUUCAGCAAAGUCUUCCAGUUGUAACUCUUUGAAGAUGAGCCAGCCUGGUCGGAUUCUGAACCAUGUGAUGAUCUAUGUUUCCAAGUUUGCUAAAUGUAUUACAGGGAUAUGCAGUACAGUGUAUUUGAUCUGACAUCAGAAAAGCAACAGGGGGCCUUUUUAGACUUAGAUCCAGAGAUUGAAGGUUAUUCAGUGUCUUCACUUACUUAUUGUAACAGGUACUUUUCAUCAGAUUUGCCAAGUGAAGAAAGGCAUAUUUUAAUAAAACUGAAACCCUUUCUUGGACAUUGACAGCACUUUUUGGAGAAAGUGCCAGAGACUAGAGGCUGGAUCAAGAGAUGAGGUAGACUUACAGUCGGGAAAUCAAAGUAGAGUGUGGUUAUAUAUGCAGUGGUAUUGAUAGAAAAGGCACUCAAACAACCAUUCUGAUUCAGCUCUAUCUAGAAGGUAAGAAACUUUAACUCUGUAGUUGCAAAUACUUCAAAUAUGCUAAGGGGCAUACAGAGAUGGCACAAAAUGUCCAUAAGUACUGAUUAUUUGAAGUGGGUGAGGAUUGAUUAGACUAACUCACAUAUGUAUAAAAACAUGGCCAGGAAAGGCAUUCUAAAAUUGAAACAGCCACACUUAAAUUUUAAAAUAGCACCAAAUAAGAACAUCAGACAGAAAUACAAGUAUUUACUGGGGAUACACUUUAUGCAAACAGCCCAUUAUUCGCAUACGCUGGAUGAAAACUGACUAAGCAACUAUUAAAUAGACUUGUUUUUUGUAUUUUUACUGGCUGAACUUGCCCUAAUACUGUCUAAAUCCUCAGCUGUAUCCAUUGCACUGUUAUCAAAAUGCCCAUUGUGUAAAUGAGGGCUAAACUGUGCAGCGUAAUGCGCUUGAUUGCUUAUUCCCUGUACUUACAAAUAGAGCGCAGCUUGUUUUUAAUCUUAUGAAAAAGGAAGCCUGCAUUAACCAAAGUCUGUCUCAAUUCAAGUUGAGAACUCUGAACAUCUGUUGUCCACUUUAAUGUCACAAAUGGUCCAUAAUAAGGAGGGCUAAUGUUGCUUGGCAACAGAGAGAGAAAAAAAGAAAAGGCAGAAUGACAUCUGACCCCUGAAACUACGUGUCUUACCUGCCAGCACAAAUGGCAGCAGUCUAUUUGUAGCAUAUGCAGCAGGACAUGUCUGAAUUUACAGGUUCCCUCCUCGACAAAUCGUCUUCCAGUAGCUUCUUCUUGCGUUGGCGUUUGAUGAUAAGCCUGCAUAAUGAUCUGUAAACACCAGCUGAUACAUGACUGAUCUACACAGCUGUGGGUCAAGGCACCGACUGGGGUCUUUAAGUACAGCAUUUUUGAACCUCUGUACAGAAAGGAAGUUUUGAAAUCGAGUUAUUCUACAAAUAACCACGUGACUGAAAAAGAAAGCUCUUCAAGCUUCCUGCCUCAUGUAAACAGCAGGAAUUUGAAGACACAUGAAUGAGCUUGAGCUCCAUGCACUGUAAAUAUCCUACGCACUAUACAGUAUAUCAAUACCUCACUUACAAUCUAAUGUGCAUACUAUUACAAUGGACUUUUUGUGUCUCACACUUGUACUAUCCCAUGUUCCACCUCUGUGUUUGGGGAUUUGUAGAUUUUUUCAGACACCCAUCACUUUUUUUCCCCUUUUUUUGGCCUGUGCGAUCUGAGAAUUCAAAGCUCACUAGGGAUCAAGUCAGUCAAAACAGACGCUUCCCUCCUCUCUCAGCCCUGCCUCACUGUGUACACUACAGUGCAGCAAUCAAAGAGACUUGAAUUAAUCAAAGCUGUGAUAGAAUUCUUAGUUUCUAUUCUCAUCGCAAACAAUCCAAAACAGUAGGAAGUGUUAGUGUCCAGCCUUCUAGGGAGUUUUCAGUAGCUUGGAGGGGAGUGUUCAAUUGGUCACUCAGUUUUUUAGGAACAGGUUUCAAGUCUUUUUACAGUUAUCAAGUAGUUUUGUGUUCUUUAUUUCAGCUUUUUAAUUAAAAUCGGUAUUAUUAGCAUAGUUGCUAAACAUUUGUUAAAUUCAGUUUUAGGAGUAUUUUCCUACUUGGUUUCUUUUUAUUUCUGCACAGUAUGAAUAUUUAUUAGCAAUGUAUCCAAGUCAACAACAAAUCUGCAUAGUUUUUCCAAUGUUUUAUUCUUGUUGCAUCCAUAAUGUAGUUACAAUUGUAGACUGAUUUGAAGGCUACACUUAAUGCAGAUGUAAUGUUCACUGGGAUGGAUGACGUACUUGGAAAAAAAGUUGCGUGUAAAUAAAUGGAAACCACUGGGUGCCAGGAAUUAAAUACAAAAUACACCCAGAUUUCUAAAAUAAAGCUACAUUAUUUUGCAAGACAAUUAUUUGUGAUGUAAAGUAUACAAUAUACAGUAAUUACUUUGUCUUAAAUGGGCCAAAACAUGGAAAACUACUGUUAUAGUCCCAUAGGUUCUUUUUCCACUCUAAAUGCCAUAGAUUAAAGUUUCUUGUCCGCCACAAGAUAAAAGUUCAUGUCAUUCGUUGGCUUCUUUGGUCUCGGUCAUCAUGAUGACACUAGCCAGUGGUUUGUACCAGCGCAUUCACAAUUCCGCUUUCUCUUGAUUUACAAAUUGUUCUUACAAAAACUCCGCUAGAAAACAACACAAGUGCAGAGUCUGCAACCAAACUAUUUCAGAUCAUUAAAGCCAGUACGAGUGGUUUCUUUUAACUGACGAGAAGAAGGGGAUUGCUGCACACUGGAUGAACUUGUGCAAACCAAAGAAACUUUUUGAACAUUGUGGUUUUUUGUGAUUUGCACAAAACAAGCCCUAAAAGGAGCAUGUUUUAUUUUGUCAGUGUUACUCACAGCCUGGUGAGGAUAUCUGGAUAUGCAUAUAUUUUGCUCUCAUGUGAAAAUAAGACAGAUUAAAGCAAUUUAAGAGUUUUCAGUGUUCAUGUAACAGACAGGUGUUGUCCUUGCAGCUUGUUCUUCUUUCACUGCCAUGUCAAUAGGCACCAGUAGCACUACAAUGUAACUGACCAACUGUUCUGUUCUCAGACUGACGCCCAUGUACUUUCUUUUUGAUGGUUUGAACCAAAAACAUUUCUUUUUUGUAUUGUUUGUUGUUUCAGCCAUUUUGUCAACGGGGUCAGGCUGCUGUGCCAUACCAUUGUCACAUUUAUGUAUGUAUACAUUGUCUGAAUGCUAUAUUCUCAGCUUUGCUUGUUUGUCACAAAGGAAACCAAAACAAACUUUUUGUUCACCACCUUUAAAGCAAGACAAACAAGAUGUUUUUUUUAAAAUCUAUUAUAGCAGCCGCUUCACAGACUCAAUUCUUUUCUUCUCUCCAAUAUCUUGCACUUAACACAUUUAGCAAUACCUACAGGAUGGGGAAAUUGUGUGAUUCACCAGUAUUUGUUUAAGUGGAAUAUGAAAUUUUAUUUCUAGAUAUUGUUUGACUUUGUAUAAAAGAUAUAUACUGUACAGAUUCAAAAGUAUAUUAUGACAAAAAAAACUUUUAGAAAAAAUAUUUUUUACUGUUUUGUAAUUUAGACACAAUACUGUAGCUCCUCUAUUACCAGACUUACUGGAAGUGCCUCUCGAUAAUGUAUUACAAAGUAACUAUACAAUAUAUUGGGAUUAUUAGAACCUGUCACUAGCAGAGCAGUGUUGAUGUUGUAAUGUGAAUAUUGUUGAAUAAUAAGAUUUGUAAAUGCUG